GUGUGUGUGUGUGUGUGUGUGUGUGUAUCAUUCUGAUUAUUCUAGAUUUAUUUCAUGAUUUAAUUUGAAUUGUUUACGGGUUUGUUACUGUGGAAACUCUUGAAAAUCGUAAAAUCCAACCUGGCAACUUUGUUCAAGGAGGCGGAAACUUCAUAUGGCUGCUGGCAACAUCUGGAAAGCUUUAUUAACACUACUGCUUACUUUGAAGAGUGCUCGAGAGUUGAACUGCAGAGCCAACAUGUCUUUCAUAAAAGUAGAUGAAAACUCUGACUUUUCUUUCCACAACCUCCCUUAUGGAGUUUUCUCAACCACGGAUAAUGCUCGGCGGAGGCUCGGAGUUGCUAUUGGAGAUCAGAUCCUGGACCUGAGCGUCAUUAAACAUCUCUUCACCGGACCGGAACUUUCUCAGCACCAGCAUGUGUUUGAUCAGCCCACUCUGAAUGCGUUCAUGGCUCUGGGUUCGGGCGCGUGGAGAGAGACUCGCGCGCUCUUACAGACACUGCUGCGCGCGGACGUGCCGACUCUGAGAGACAAUCACGAACUCAGGGGCAGAGCUUUUGUUGAUCAAAGCACUGCAGUGAUGCAUCUCCCUGCUGAGAUUGGUGAUUACACUGACUUCUACUCAUCCAGAGACCAUGCCACUAAUGUCGGGAUCAUGUUCCGCGGCAAAGAGAACGCACUGAUGCCAAACUGGCUGAGGCUGCCGGUUGGCUAUCAUGGUCGAGCUUCAUCUGUGGUUGUCUCAGGAACUCCAAUCAGAAGACCUCAAGGGCAGAUGAGGCCAGACCCAGCCAAGCCUCCUGUAUUUGGGCCAUCAAAGCAGCUGGACAUUGAGCUAGAAAUGGCUUUCUUUGUGGGUCCCGGGAACAAGCUGGGAGAGUCGAUUCCUAUAGAGAAAGCACAUGAACACAUCUUCGGUAUGGUGCUGAUGAACGACUGGAGCGCGAGAGAUAUCCAGGCAUGGGAGUAUGUGCCAUUAGGUCCUUUUCUAGGGAAAAAUUUCGGGACCACCAUCUCACCCUGGGUGGUUCCUAUGGAGGCUCUGAUGCCAUUUGUGGAGCCUAACACAGUGCAGGACCCAGAGCCACUACCAUACCUUCGCCACCAGGACCCAUACACAUUCAACAUCAACCUCUUUGUCUACAUUAAAGGUGAAGGCAUGAAUGAGGCAGCCACCAUCUGCAAGUCUAACUUUAAGUACAUGUACUGGACCAUGAAGCAGCAGUUAGCGCAUCACACUGUGAAUGGCUGUAAUGUCAGACCUGGAGACCUGCUGGCAUCAGGCACCAUCAGCGGACCGGAUCCGGAAAGUUUUGGCUCAAUGUUGGAGCUUUCAUGGAGAGGGUCUAAGGACAUCAAGCUGAGCGGAGGAGAGACGAGGACAUUCCUUAAGGACGGUGAUGAGGUCAUGCUUACAGGUUACUGCGAGGGUCGGGGAUACCGUGUUGGUUUCGGAUCAUGCCAGGGCAAGAUCAUUCCUGCCCUCCAGCAUUGAUUCCACAUUCUUCUCCUUCCCCCAACAUCUAUCCGUAUGACCCAAAACCAGCUGGGAUCUUCACACACCAAAUAAUGCCUUAUCAGUCAUGUAUAAUUAUUCAUGACCUUUUCAAUGAUAACUAAUGAAGUACACACAAGCUGUUUUUAUUAGCUCAUUGGAGUUUCACUUAGCCGAAGCUUUUCUCUGGGCAGAAAAGAUUAUGAUUGAUUGUGUGUGUGACAGCCGGGGAAAUUGAACGGAGAUUGGAUUAAGCACAGUGACUUUUCUUUAAUAAUAUGAGUGUGACCAGAAACAUUCCAUUGGAUUUUUUUAAAUAAGGGAAAAAAUGUAAGCAAAGUAUGAUAUGAAUAAUUGAGGUAUUGCUUCUUAAAUCGUUUUAUGUUAAAUGUAUUUUUGUUUAUUACAGGAAAUUCAGUAAGGCAAAUUCAUAUCCAUGAACCAGAGUAAAAUUGAAUUGAGGUUUGAGUCUGUUAGAGUGUUAACUCCAUUAGCAAUGUCCUCCUGUAUCGUAAGUAGAAACUCACUAAGGCAAUCGCGUACUUGUCACGUGAAUACAGCACAAGCCAAAAAUUAGCACAAGAAUCAAAAAGCAUGUUUCAUAUAAACAUAUUUAAUGUGUAUCAGGACUUUUGCUUUAGGGAAUUCAGUAAGUAGUUAAUUAGUGACUAAAACAAAAGGUCAAAAAGUUAGCUAUAGAAAGCAGGAAUGCAGUACAAGCUAAUUAUCUAAACAUUGAUCUCAAAAGAAAUAAAACAGUACAUGCCAGCUGGCUUUCUAGCUAAAUACCAUUCUACAGAAACUAACAGAAAGUUUUAUUUCCUGAGAGCAAUAACACUGUCGCCAUUUCAGCAGGUUGUAAUAGAAGCUAAAGGCGUUUGGAUUUAUAACUGAGAACACAGCUCCGAGUCUGACACCUCUCUAUUUUUUUUCUCAGUUUCAUCACGUAACAAUAAUGACCCAGAUAAUAUCAUAUAAAAUGGCACAAUGUGUGCAAAUUACGUCUCAAUCACAUCGCGACAACCUCAACUGCUAAUUGGGAAGAUGCCAAAACAGCUUUAUUUUAAUGAUGAUCUGCUUCUUUCACUUAGUCAAAUGUGUCAUUUAACUCAGACAGUGUUGUGAGACAGCAUUACUUUGGUCUUAAUUUUUUAUUCAUCAUCCUGUGAUGAGCGGAUUUGUUAAAAGUUCUUGAGGGAUUCAUCAACCAGCUGACAAAGAAAGUUAUACGUGCUCAGCCGGUGUUUUGUAAACUGGUAGCUGGUUAGACUAAGCUGGAUUUUUUCAUCAUUGCAGCUGCUUACAAGCAGCAACGGUAUAAAUAUUCCAACUCCGAUGUUGUGCAACACCUUGACUAAAAGUGUGCGUGCUGUCUCUCUUCAUACCUUUUCUGCCUUUAGAAAAAAGUCCGAUUAAGUAAACUCCUGAGCUUUUCAAAAUAGCCUCUCGUGCGUAAGUUCUUUAAAGAUUAAAUUUUGCAAAGGAACUACAUGUUUCUCAAUGUUGAAGUCUAAUUACCAAAGGCAGUGUUAUGUUUAUUUCUGUUUGUUACCCACAAAUUGGUAAUUAAAGUUACUGAUGUCUGUUAA